AUGGCGUCUCCAGUGUCCGUCGUCUGCGUGGGCAUGGCAGGUAAGGAUGCUGAUCGCCCCUCAUCUAUCUUCAGUGAUCUAAUCGUCAAUAUUGCGAAAUUAUUAGGCUCAGGUAAAACUACCUUCAUGCAAAGAAUCAACUCCUACCUGCACGAAAAGAAGACGGUCCCAUAUGUGCUCAAUCUCGACCCCGCAGUGCACUCGGUGCCUUUUGAGAGUAACAUCGAUAUCCGCGAUUCCAUUAACUACAAAGAAGUGAUGAAGCAAUACAACCUGGGCCCCAAUGGAGGAAUCCUGACCUCUUUAAAUCUGUUUGCCACCAAGGUCGAUCAAAUCAUCUCUCUCUUGGAGAAACGUACCGCCCCGAACCCUGAAAACCCUUCCGCAAAGCCAAUCGAACACAUUUUGGUCGACACUCCCGGCCAGAUCGAAGUUUUUGUCUGGAGUGCAUCGGGCAGUAUUCUUCUUGAGACUAUGGCUUCAUCGUUCCCGACGGUCAUCGCAUACGUUAUCGACACCCCGCGCGCAAGCUCUACCAGCACUUUUAUGAGCAACAUGCUCUACGCGUGCAGUAUCUUGUACAAGACCAAGCUCCCCAUGAUCUUGGUUUUCAACAAAACUGACGUUAAGGACGCUGAGUUCGCCAAGGAAUGGAUGACCGACUUUGAUGCAUUCCAGCAGGCUUUGCGGCAAGAAGAGGAAUCGGGCGCCUUUGGAACUGAAGGUGGCGUUGGUGGAUUUGGUUCUGGCAGCGGAUAUAUGGGCUCUCUUUUGAACAGCAUGAGUCUCAUGUUGGAAGAAUUCUACCGUCACCUUAGCAUCGUUGGAGUUAGCUCGAUGACUGGCGAUGGUGUCGAUGAGUUCUUCGAGGCUGUGGAGACGAAGCGACAAGAGUUUGAACGUGAUUACAAGCCUGAAUUGGAGCGCAGGAAGAAAGAGCGCGAAGAACAAACAUCCGCCCAGCGCGAGCUUGAACUGGGAAAAUUAAUGAAGGACAUGAAUGUCACUGGGUCAAGCCGGAAGCAACCCAAGAACACUACUGGAGAGCCUGAAACUGUCAGUGAAGCUGAAGAUGAAGAAGACGAAAUCAUCAAGCGUGGCAUGGCAGACGGGGAGGCUGACAGUGAUUACGAGUACGAGGAUUACGAAGGCCCUAGCGCUGGCAAUGACGAGGGUCUCGCCCAGCGUUACAAAGAGGCUCUGUCAGGCUCACAGAGCACUCCAUCAGACCAGGACAACAGCUUCACAAGAUAUCUGCGUGCGAGCAACAUGCAGAAGUGA